UAUCUCUAUGCUUCUCUCUCUGCAAUUACUCUUUUGAGAGAUCUUUCUUUAGAAUAUCGAGUAUUGCUAACUUGAGCAUCAAAGUGUUUUCCCCAAGGAAAUAUCCUCGGGAUUUUCAAUUGUGGAAGCAACUGAGGACUUCAACAGUGUUGGAUUGCGAAGCUGCCCAAACAGACCGCAAAUCAAAAAAUGCAUGAAGUGUUCAUUGUAUUCACCUCAAUCCAUAUCAUUUUACUCAACAACAAUAACAACAAUUCUAGUAAAUAACAAGAAAAUGGCUGAGUUUCUGGGUAGCAGAUCGGAGUCUGAUCUAAAGGAUCUCAUCCAUGGGAUUAGGCCCGGAUCAUUCCCUCACUGCUGCCCCAAAAACUCCUCUAUUUCAGAUCUAUACCAACAAGAGAUGGUGCAGCAGAGUCGAUAGAAAAUGAGAAGGUUGGCGAUUGAGAGGAGAAGAGGAAGAUCCCAUAAGGCUUUGGCUUCUUUUCUAUCCCUGUAAUUGUAGUCUUUUGUUAGUAUUGAACUUCAAAGGAUAGGUUGUUUUUGGGUCAAGUCGUUCCUUGCUAAGUCAAUUUCAUAUUUCUUAGAUUUUGAGGUUCUCUUGGUUAAAGAAUCUUGUCAACUAGCAGCUCUUGUUUCUCCCUCUGUAAUCCCUGUGCGAGAGCAUCUCUUGAGUUAAAGCAAUCCGUCCAUUAUUUAUACUUGGUUGUCCUUGUGUUUGUUCUGUCAACAUGCUUUCCUUGAGGCCUAUGAUUUGAACUUGUUUGAUGGAUUAAAAUUUGAGUAUAUUU